AGUGCGUCGUGCGCCGCGGGCUGCGACGGACGUGUUCACCCGCAGCCCGCGUAAACAAUCAGUUCGCGAGUUCAGUGCAAAUGAUUCUGUGUUUAUGGCGCUCCUACUGCUGCGAGUGUUGUUGCUGGGAGCUCUCGCGGCGGCGGUCGACGAUGUCCCGGUAGUGUGGAGCGCGGGCCGCUCGACGCUGGCGUGCACGGCGCGCGCCCCCCCGCGCCGCGCGCCGCCCCCGCUGGACGCGGACCGCCGCCCCCACCCCGUCACCUGGACGCAUGAUGGGCAGGAAGUGCCGGAGAAGAGGAUAUCCCCCGACGGUUCGCUGGAGGUGCGGCGGCGCGACGCGGGGGCGGGGGCGGGGGCCGGGGGCGCGGGGGGCGUCUACCAGUGCGCCGUGAGGGUGCCUGCCGGGGUGGUGUUGGGGGACCCCGUGCACCUCAAGUUUGCAACCCUGGAGAAGCAGUUCUCCCAGCACCCCGAGAACCUCACAGCCACGGCCGGACAGCCCGUGGCGCUGAGCUGCCGCGUGCACUCCGCGCCGCCCGCGCACCUCGCCUGGACCAGGGACGGGGAGGACCUGCCUGAGGAUCCCAGAUAUUACAUUUUAGAAAAUCAAUUGUUAAUUACGGACGUGAGAGAAGAAGAUGCUGGCUAUUAUAAAUGCACAGCAACAAACAGAAUCCUUAACAAGACGCGCACGUCACACCGGGGCCUACUACAAGUGGCGCCAUCUAGCGGCGCGGUGGAGGCGGGCGCGCUGCAGGUGUCCGCGGGGGACGCGGGGGGCGCAGUGGCGGUGCCGCGCGGGGGGCGGGCGCUGCUGCCGUGUCCCGUGCGGGGGGAGCCGCGGCCUGAGCUGGUGUGGCAGUGGACGCCGCCCGGCGGGCGCACGGCGGAGCUGGACGCGGUGUCGCAGGUGCUGGCGCUGACCGGAGUAGACCUCGACCAGGAGGGGGAGUACUCCUGCCGCGUGGCUGGAGGACCCGUGCUUAAGACAUGGUCAGUCUCCCUGACCGAGCCGGCCGUGAUCACGAUCCCGCCGGUCAGCAAGGAGGCGGUCCGCGCCAAGACGGUCCGCUUCAACUGCACGGCCGAGGGGCGCCCCACGCCCAACGUCGCCUGGUACAAGGACGGGAGGCGGCUGCCGCUCACGGGACGAACAAAAGUGCUGAAAUACGAGGGGCGGUAUGAGCUCGUCAUCAGUACCAUCACUUCAGAUGAUGCCGGAGUAUACCAAUGCUUCGCGUCCACCCCCACCUCCCUAACCUCUGCGUGGGCCGCCCUCACGGUCACGGGGUCGGUGGGGCGGGCGCCGCGCGGGCUGCGCUGCCGCCCGGCCGGCGCUCGCUCGCUGCAGGUCAGCUGGCGACACGACGAGCCGAGCACGCUGGUGGCGUAUACGCUGCAUUAUAUUAGUCAGUAUGAAAGCGUGGGCUCCUCCACGCCGUAUCAGCCCAACAACACGGAGGUGACCAUCACGGUGGGGUCACCACUCACGCCGUAUAACGUGCAAGUGCGCGCGUAUCUCACCCCUGGAGGCAGCGGAAAGAAUAUUGCUAGCGAUAUGAGUGAUACUGUCGUGUGUCAGGGGCAGGGAGUGCCCAUAUCCCUGGUCCGCCUCAACGCCACGUCAGUCCUGGUCUCGUGGGCAGAGUUCAGUGCGGCCACGCCGGGGGUGCGGCGCUGGCGGCUGCAGACCCGGGCCGAGGGGGGGGAGGUGGAGACCGAGGAGCUGGGGGGGGAGGUGGUGAAUUAUACGUUGACUGCACCCGCCUCCGCCCCGCUGCAGGUGCGCGUGCUGGGCUCGCGGCGCGACUCCUGGCCGCCGCAGGACCUGAGCCUCGUGCGCUGGAGCUCCACCGCGCGCGCCGCCCCCCCGCGCAGCGACCUGCAAGCCGUGCCCACGGACGUGGAGGUGAGCUCGGUGACGCCGGGCGGGUUCCACGUGAGUUGGGCGCGACUCGCCGGCGACUACGUGUACAUACUGUGCGUCACCAAGGAGGCCAGCCAUCACGACCAGUGUCAGGAGACGUCAGAAACCUCCCUAUCCCUGGAUGACCUGGAACCGGACUCAGUGUACGAGGUGCGGGUGCAGGCGCGGGCGGCGGGGCGCGCGGGGGGAGCCUUCUCGCAGCCGCUUGUUGUCACCACGCCUCCCACUGAAAGUCCUCGUCACUUGGAAGUGUGGUAUCGCUUCGUGAACAGCUCUGCCGUGCAGGUGUGGUGGAGCCAGGGCGGCUGGCACACGGUGCGGCACGCGGGGCAGCUGCGCCUGCCGCUGCACGUGUGGAGCUCCGCCGACGUGCACGGCACUAAUGUCACGAUCGCGAUAGACGACAAAUCCAACAAGACGUACGUGAUGGUGACGGGACACGACCCCGAGGAGACCAGCCGCGUGCUCACCAUCGACCACCCACCACACGAGCUGAAGGAGAUGCAGUACAGCUACGGCGGCGAGGGCGUGCGGGUGCGGUGGUCGGGGGCUCGCACGGACCGGUACUGGGUUCGAUUCUCGCAGGAACUCACCCGGCCCAUGGAGCACUGGAGCGAGGUCACGGUCACGGAGCCCAGUGUGCUGUUACAAGGCCUGGACCCGUCCCGCCCCACCUACGUGAUGGUGACGACGGCGGGCGCGCGGCCGCUGGGCCACGUGCUGACCGUGCCGCGCGCGCCCGACCAGGGGAGCAAGCUGUAUCUGGGUAUCGGCGUGGCGGCGGGCGUGUGCGUGCUGUGCGCGUGCGCGGGCGCGGCGCUGUGCGUGUGGACGCGCCGGAAGCGGGCACGGUCGCCGCUCAGGCCUCGCAGAAGAAAUCCUUCUACGAACGAGAGCAAUGAAGAUGCUUCAGAAAUGACGAACGUGGGCGGGCGGCUGGCCAACGGCGGCGCGCCGCGCGGGGCCGGCGAGCCCCUGCUCAACGGACACGUGCACAUCACUGAGAACCCCACCCUAUCCAAAACGCCGAACGGCAAGCCGAAGAAGACCAAGAGCCACGAGCCGGCGUUCGACCUGUCGCGCUACUCCGAGGCGGACGUGACCGCGGAGACCGUGCUGGACCUCACCCCCCGCACCCCCGGCAACGCCUCGCCCCCCCGCGCCAGGCACAAGCUGCCCGACGACAACAUGAACUGCCAGCUGGCGCGGCCGCCGCCCCCGCUGCUGCAGCCCAACGGCUGAGCGCCCCCGCGCCCCCCAGGACCACACUCGGGCAGGCGGCCCCCCCUCCGGCUCACGCCGUGUAACAUACUUAUUGAGAUUUUGUACAAAGCACGUUCUUGUAUAGCUUAGGAGAGUAACGAUAUACGAAUACGAAGGGUACUAAGAUAUGAGGCUAGGUAUGCGUGAGUAACUUAUUAUUAGUGUGCUCUAGAGAGCGGGCCGAGCGCCACAUCGAAUCCGUCUAUAAUUUUACCUGAAACUAUUCGUGAUAAGUGUCGGUUUAAUAGGUAAGUUAAGGUCUUAACGUAAUUAGGAAAUGAGUGGCGAAGCCGCCGGCGACAACCCGCGCGGGCCCGCUCCGCGCCCGCGCAAUAACUGCUCUGCUUACAUUACUUUUCGAAUACGCUUUAUAAUAAGUUAUUUGCGCAUAUUGAGUACAAAGUUUACAGAAAAUAGAAACAUAAAUAGUUAAAGGAACAAUGAAAGAAAAAAUCAUUAGACUUAACCUUUGGGUUGCUUCCUUCUACACGCACUGCUAGCGACAUAUUCUAGGGUCAAGCGCGAGACAAUAACAGGACAGGCCACUGUUUGUAAAAUUAUAAAUUCUAAAAUAAAUUAAACAUAAAAAAUAACCAUUAAUCACAAAAUAUUAUGUAUAAAAAUGUUAAUCAACUCAAAUAUAGUGCCUCCAAAAUUAAUACACCCUGUUGAUUCCUUUAAAAAUGUAUUGAAAAUAAUAUAUGCAGUUAAAGUUAAUAUUAUAAUCACCGUUAGUUCAACAUUAUCGUACAAAACACUAGACCAAAAUGUAACUCCAAACACCCUGUAGGACAUAGGUACAACACCCUGUACAUAGGAAUAAAACUAUUUACCGAUGUUAGACAAGAAUAUUCAUUGCUAUUAUUCUUUUUAUCCGUGAAUUGAGUAUCAAAAUAGUUUCCCAGUGCCUAGGUAGAAUAACUUACUUAUAUUUUCCAACAGUUGUACAAUAACCGUAAAUUUCCAAAAAUACCCAACUCAUACCCAUAGUAAAUAUCUAAGCAAUAGCCUUCGAUUAUGAGCCAAACAUUGGCUCCCACUCUGAACAUUCCACCCGCCGUUACACUGGUGCCCUAUUGUCUCAUCAUUACACUGAUGUCUAUAAAAUAGUUUUACAAUACAAUCUCAGAAUCCAAGUGAUUAAUAGAUGAAAAAGUGAGACUAGAUGCGGUAGUGUGAGACAAUAAGGCCACUGGUCCAUCAUAAUUAUUAUUACUUUUAUUCUUAUGUACCUGUUAGUUUUUGUUAACGAAACCAACGCACAGUUUUAUAUCCUUGUUAUAGUUUAUAAUCAUAUCUUUACACCUCUAAUUAUAAUGCACUCCUCUUGUUUCUUUCUAGAUACUUAAAAAAACAUAAGUAGAUAGAUAAAAAUAAUUCGAAAAUAAAUUAAUCACAACGAACUAAGAAUAUGAACAGUAAAUUUACGGAAAGUAGUAUUUAAACCGCGUUAGUGUUAUUAAAGUUUUUACCGUAUUGAUAAUAUUUAUUUUGACUCUAUUUUUUUUUAAAGUACACUUAGUUAUGUACUCGGGUGGAAGCGAAAUCUAUCACAAUCCGAGUGCGCGUGAAAUAUCGAGCGAUACGACCCGCGCCGGUCGACGACGCAGUGCGUGCGGCAAACACUAGUGCUGCCGGACUUUUCUCUCCAAAAAAUAUCUUGUUUUUACAAAUUAGUUUUUAGCAAAAGUUGUUAACUAAUUAUGUCAAUCCUGCUUUCAGCUCUUAUAUGAAACUUUAGAGCUCACACUAAUGCACUGUUUGUACCUUGAAGUUCGUUGUUCAUUAUUCCAUAUCACAAUUUUAUAUCUACCUCAUUUACUUCGUUGUAAGUUCUUUUAGAUGUUUAAAUUGUAUGUUGAUAACAUAGCCCCCUGCUCCCCAUUUACUGAUUUUCUUUUAACUACUUUUUAUACCUACAUCACAGUUAGACUAUUUUUAUUUUUACCACAGACUUAUUACAGUAUCACAAAAGCACAUUCUAUUAACUUACACACCGUUUUCAGUAAACAUAAGUUUUAGUUUAAUCGACAACUUAUUAUUUGAAUAACACUUUCGCCUUCCUUAAAUAAACUACUUAAUUUUUUAACGGAAUGUUAAAUGAAAUGCACCUAGGUACAAUUUACAUAAAAAUAAGUUGUAUAUAAAUAAUAUAUGGAAGUGGCUGCUUGGGUUAUUUUGAAGUCCACGAAGGUAGUUCGGUAUGUGUAAAAGACAAAUAGUUAUAAUGAUAAUAAUAAUUACUAUGUUAUUCGUGUAAACACAAAGCAAUAGGUUAGUGUAGAGUUGGCUCGUGGGCCAAUUCGGGCUGAACAGUCAUCAAAAACUUAUGAACUUCAGCUCGUUACAUUCACCCGUAGACAUACAUACAUAAUACAUAUAUACAUAAUUAUAUUAUAGUACACCUAAGGCACCUAUAGCUCGCUAGUUUUUCCCAGUUCCUGUAUUGUUGUGGACUUAAAAUAAACAAGCAGCGCUUUUGUAAAUAUAAACAAUAGAACUCAGCUAAAUAUAAAAAGGAAAGCCGAUGAAGUACCUGAAAAUUCAAUUAAAAUAAGUAAUAUAGUCGUAAGGAGUAAUGUUAGAUCGUAUUGUAUUGUGUAGACUGUAGAGUGUUUGAACGUCGCUAGGUUUCUCACAGGGUCUAAGUGCUUCUAGGGCUCGAAGAAAAGUUUAAAGCUGGCUUUUAAUAUUUAUAUAUUUGAAUAAUAUAUAUUUCUCAUCGAUCUUCAAGUAAGGUUUGCUGUUGUCUUUCUAUAAAUUGUUGACGUUAUGCUCCGCAGGUAAAUAAAAUUACGGAUCUACAUAUAAGGAAACGUUGUCGAGUCUGUAAACGUUAACUAUAUUUAGUAUAGUAUAUAUAAAUUACCAUUAUAUAAGGACCAACUACAAUAUAAAGCCGUUGCCUACCAUCUUGAAACUUAUAACAUUAACGAUUGUUUAAAAUACAAACUGUAAGAUAAACUCGCAUAACAUAUUUUUUUGUAUCCUCAAAUAGUUUAUAGAGAACCACUAUUGAACGUUAACGGCGAGUCUGUUUUUUAUAAUGUUAAUGAUUUAUUUUAUAAUGUUUUUUACAGUUAGUUGUUCAUUGGGCUGGCCAUCGUUGAUAUUGUUUUGAUUUUUAUUAUAAUUUUAUGUUCAGUGCUUCAGGACAUUUACGACCAGGCUCUGUAGG